AUGAAUGCCAAGGCCGUGGAAGGUAAAAUUCAGUUUGAAAAGGGCACUGAAAAUGAAGUGAACAAAGUGGAGAUUCCUAAAGUGUGGGUGCAGUUUAGAGGAUUGCCCAGUGAGUUUAAGGAAUUUUCCAUUAUUUGGGCAAUUGGAACCAUCCUGGGUGUUCCCCGCGCUGUGGACACUAUCUUCACUAAGAAUACGGGAAGACCUAGAAUGAAAGUUGCUGUGCUGGACCCAAAACUUAUCCCUGAUUUUGUGGACGUGGUUAUUGGGGAUUUUAUUUAUGAGCUACAGUUUGCAAUUGAGGAAUCUCUCACUGGUGAACCACAUCUAGUUGAUAUGGAUUCUAUCAAUGAGGAUGAUCCUAAAUCUGAAGACCCAAACAAAGGAGAAAAGCCUAAUGGUGGCACCUCUACUGAAAAUAUGGACGUGGAUGGUAAAUCCCUAGAAUCCCAUGUGCCUGGGAAUGGAAGCGGUGCGGUUCCACCUUCAGCAACCCAGCAUGGCGCUCCUCAGGGAGUGUCUCAGCUGCAGGGAAGCGGGGACCCUUCUGCUAAUUCUUUGAAAAAACCUAAGCCGGUGCUGACACAAAUCGGAGGGUGCUCAAUAGAUGAUGGGACUUGGACAACUACAUUGUUGCCUCCACAGAAUGACUCUGGGACAAUCAUAAAAGAAUUCAGCAGUGAGACGUCUUCUCCAGAGAGAUCCAGCAAGAGGAACGCUGCUACUGUGGACAUGGAUUCCACAGAGAAGGCGGCAAAGCUGAAGGCAAAGAAAAAUUUGGAUUCAUCAAUAGGAAAAGGUAUUCCUAUGCAUUUUAGGAAGCUCUUUAACAGAGACUGGAAGGCCAUUGAGAAACGGAUUGAGAAAAGGUUAAGUGGCUGGAAAGGAAAGAUGUUAACAUCUGGUGGCCGGUACUUUUCAGAGGGACCCACUGGCUACGUCAAUGGAAGCAAUAAACCACAAAAGAAAGCAACCGCAGAUAUAAGAGAUGUGCUUUCAGUGUGGAAUUUUGAUGGGAAGCUAGCAUUUGAGGAUAUCAUUAGAGCAACAGAAAAUUUCAGUGAGAGGUAUGUUGUUGGGUCAGGCGGGUGUGGCACUGUCUACAAAGUUCAGCUACAAGGGGGGAGAUUGGUUGCAGUUAAAAAGCUUCAUGAAACUGGAGAAGAUGUUACUGAGGAAGAGAGAUUCAUGAGUGAAAUUGAUGUGUUAACCAGGAUCAGGCAUCGAAGCAUUGUCAAGUUAUAUGGAUUUUGCUCCCAUCCGAGGUACAGAUUUUUUGUGUAUGAUUAUAUUGAUAGAGGGAGCCUUCAUGCAUCCCUGGAAAAUGUGGAGAUCGCAAAGGAGCUGAACUGGGAGAGACGAGUGGCUAUUGCAAGAGACGUGGCUCAAGCUCUGUAUUACUUACACCACGAAUGCACCCCGCCAAUAAUUCACCGAGACAUAACAAGUAACAAUAUAUUGCUUGACACAGAUUUUAAGGCUUAUGUUUCAGACUUUGGCAUAGCAAGAAUCAUAAGGCCAGAUUCAUCAAACUGGAGUGAACUAGCAGGAACAUAUGGUUAUAUAGCCCCAGAGCUUUCACACACACCAGCGGUGACAACGAAAUGCGAUGUCUAUAGCUUUGGUGUGCUUCUGCUAGAGAUAGUGAUGGGGAGAUACCCUAGCGAGCUGCAGUCCCAUACUUCCAUAGAAGGACAGCAUCACAAGCUUGCAAUGGAGACUUUGGACAAGCAUCCAUCAUCACCAACAUUGGUGGAGAGAGAAGAAAUUUCUCUGCUUGUCCAAGUAGCACUUGCAUGCCUGCAACCUUCCCCUAAGUCCAGACCAGAAAUGCAGGAGGUUUAUCAGAAACUGACUCACGACCACCCUUAUUGUUCUUUUGCCACAUCUUGCGACCUUACAUUAGAAAAACUAAAGGAUGGAGAAGUGUAAAGAAGUGUUACACAUAUGAGAAAUAGGAAGGAUUUUUCCUUUAUUUCACAAUGAAAUAGAGAUGGAUGGAAACAAAGAAAUGGCGAUAUGGUUAUGAUAGGCCUCUUAAUUAGGACAGAAUAAUAAAUUAGUUAUUGCACCUCACAAGUUUUUAUCACCAUGUUUCCAAUAUUAUAGAUGUAGCCCCAUCCUAAUGUACCCAAUAUUUCAAAUCAAAAAAUCCAUGUAAUAGUUUCUUAUUUGCACAGGUUGAGAGAACCUAAAAUAGAAGUAUGUUUGAGAUAAGAGAAAUCCAUGCAAUAGUAAUAAUAACAUAAACAGUUUGUUGUUACAUAUUGAUAUUUUGCACAAAUACAAGAUGCUUGUUUCACAAUGCAUGGGCAAUGAACUAAGACUAUAGUUAUCAGACGUCUCGUCCUCUUGAUCAUCACAACAUGUACGUGUAGUUUCGUCUCAUUCACACCUCCCAUCGAUAUGCAGCAACCACAUCAAUACACCAUCACAGACGACAGCAUUGACAUACAAAUUUCUCGCUUUGCUUAUCACAUUUUUGUACUAGCUGGUUUCCUCCAAUUUCUCACUACAAUAUUAUGGUUU